CCUGGAUGGGACUCGAGGAGGCUCUGCCGGACCCAAGAGCAGGUCGCCCGGAACUCGGCGUUGUCAUCCCAGCUGGCAAUGACCUCACCCAGCUCAGAACUUCUGAGCCAUUCGGACCCAAACAGCCGGAUGCCGUUUGGAGCAGAACAUUCCAGGGCUAUUUAGACCACAACAUUCUGGUGCCCCUUGGAUCAAACCGUUGGCUCAGGUCAGUCGUGCUCCUGUCUCUGCUGCCUGCACUGUGAGAGUUGGAGAUUUAGCUGGAGAAUUGGACCAGAACCGCCAUCCCUUCCCCCGCAGAGACCCGGACUUUCUGGCUAGUGCUGGGACAGAGACCCCAGCAGCUUUCGAGGACUGUGACAAGCACCAGCCUUGGCCCGAGUCCCCAGAGCCAGGACCAUGGUGCACAAUCAAGGGCUUCCUGCUGAGGCCCCAGAGACGAAUCUUGGAGCUGCCCAGGACGGGUCAGAGUCGCAGAGAUCAAGGGAGUCGCCCCCUCAUCAGGGCGUCUCUGCCGGGAGCCCUGGUCCUGAGAAAACAGCAGAGGAGGGGGGCUCUGCCCCUGCUGGCCCCAGGGACCCAAGCCAGCAUCCCUCUGUGGUCACAUCUGUCACCAGCCACUCCUCCAUCCGCGGCGUGGAACCCGUGGCCUCCAACCUCCCGUGUACGCAGCCGCCAUGUGAGCCCCCCGGCUCAGGCGAGAAGAGAAAGCGCUCGGCACGUGGCAGAGAGGCCGAGGAGGAGGCAGAAGAAAAGGCCCUUUAUUAUAUGAAGGUCCAGGCCGUGAACGGCGUCUCGGUGGCCUGGGAGACCGGGGCCGGCUUCGAAGCCAUUAGGAAGCGGCCUCGGAUCUUUAAGGCCAAGUAUAGUGGAGGAGAAAGCUUUGCCGGCUCGGACCUGAGCAGCUCCCACACCAAGUCCGAGCUGGGGGACGUGGACUCGGAGGCAGAGUGCGGCGUUGAGGGACCGGCAGAGGAGGUGCCGCAGCAGCCGACGGGAGCGCCCCCUGAGUGGCUCCUCACCAUCGAGCAGGGCCUGCGGUGCCUGGCCUGCUGCCGAGUCUUUCCCAGCCUGGAGGCCCUGACCCAGCAUGUGAAGCAGGGGCUGUGCCAAGGCUUCAGCUGCCGCGUGUACUACCGGGUGCUGGGGCAGCUGAGGGCGAGAGACAGGUCCCAGCGGAGACGGCAACGCGGGGGCCGGGGACGCCAGCCACGCGUCCGGGAGUGCAGCAAGUGUGGGGGACAGAUACGGCGCCCACGCAAGGCUGCCAAAUAG